AGAACACAUCAGUUCGAUUUUGUUUGUGCGCGAGCAAACUUAUGUUUGGGUUGUACGGUGUUAUCAUUUUUUAAUGACAGAUUAUUCUGUACAUUAAAUCUAAAGUUUUUUUUUUAAAAAUAAAGUGCUUCCUUCAACUCGUAUUAUAGUUAUGUACCAGUUGACGAAAAUCGACACGAAUGGAGUACUCGUAAUAAUUGUUCGAUAUAACGUCCAACAGUAGGUAGUACUCGAUUAAAUUUAUGCUCGACGAAAAUUUUGAUGUAUUGCCUUUUCUCAGAAGAAAAACUGUCUGGAAUUUUACACUUUGAAUUUGCUCACGCUAUUUUAUCACGUAGGUAAACUAAACGACAAAAUAUGACGAAGAAAUUCGAAUUCAAUUGGCAUAUCCCAGUGCCCGAACCACUGCUAACAGGUUGUGUAUUUGAUCGAUGGACUGAAGAAAAAGAUUCUAGCGAUUACGAACAAAGCUGUUUAUUCAAAGUCGACGAACACGGAUUUUUCAUAUACUGGAAAAGCGACACUAAAGACGGCGACGUGAUCGAAUUAUGUCAAGUGAGCGAUAUCAGAGCCGGAGGAUUGCCCAAAGAUUACAAAUUACUGACGACGUUGGCCAACAAACAUGGAGAUAAUUUGGAUGAGAAAUCUUUGACUAUAUGCAGCGGUACCGAUUACAUUAACAUCAAUUACCAACAUAUAAUUUGUCCAGAUGCUGAAACCGCCAAGAUAUGGCAAGAAGGGUUGAGAAAAAUCACGCAUAAUAAUAAACAGAAUAAUGUAUGCGUUCGUACUAAUCUAAUGAAACAUUGGAUGAGACUUGGUAUGCUGGUGGAAGUAAGCGGUAAAGUUCCAGUUAAAGUUAUAGCACGUACUUUCGCAUCUGGUAAAACUGAAAAAAUGGUAUAUCAGUGUUUAUCGGAUUUAGGACUACCAAGUGGAAAGAAUGAUCUGAUCGAGCCGGCUGAUUUCACGUUCGAUAAGUUCUACGAAUUGUACCAUAAAAUUUGCCCUAGGAACGAUAUCGAAGAAUUAUUUCAAUUUGUAACACAAGGCAAAGCGGAUACCAUAAACGUGAACCAAUUUAUAAAUUUUUUAAACGAAAAACAACGAGAUCCAAGACUAAACGAAAUACUUUACCCGUUAUACGACGAAAAACGAGCCAACGAGAUCAUCAACGAUUACGAACCCAACGAAGAGCUACGUACCGAAAAAAAACUUUCGAAAGAAGGAUUAAUUCGUUAUCUGAUGUCGGAUGAAAACGCUCCGGUAUUCUUGGAUCGAUUAGACUUCUACAUGGAUAUGGACCAGCCUUUAGCUCAUUACUAUAUUAAUUCUUCUCAUAAUACCUACCUAAGUGGAAGGCAAUUUGGUGGUAAAUCUAGCGUCGAGAUGUACCGACAAGUUCUUCUGGCCGGUUGUCGAUGCGUGGAAUUGGAUUGCUGGGAUGGUAAAGGCGAAGACGAAGAGCCUAUAAUUACUCACGGUAAAGCGAUGUGUACCGAUAUUCUGUUCAAGGAUGUCAUUUACGCUUUAAGAGAUACCGCAUUUGUUACGUCCGAAUUCCCAAUUAUUUUAUCGUUCGAAAAUCAUUGCUGCAAAAGUCAACAAUACAAGAUGGCAAAAUACUGUGAUGAAAUUUUGGGAGAUUUAUUGCUAAAGGAAUCGUUACCAGAUUAUCCGUUGGAGCCCGGAGCGCCGCUUCCUCCGCCGAGUGCGCUCAAACGAAAAAUCAUGAUAAAAAAUAAACGCUUGAAGUUAGAAGUCGAGAAGCAAGAGUUGGAAUUAUUCAGGCAAGGUCAGUUCGUCAUCGAAGAUGAAGAAAAAGAAGACGCUACCGCUCCAGCGUCAGCAAAUCCACCCGAAGAGAAAAAGGCGGAAGCUGAAGGUGCUGCUGAGGAGAUAGCCCCCGCCGCUGUACAACAUUCUGGCUCAACAACCAAUGUUCAUCCUUGGUUGUCGUCCAUGGUGAAUUACGCUCAGCCAAUCAAGUUCCAAGGAUUCGACGUUGCAGAAAGCAAAAACAUCCACCAUAACAUGAGCUCGUUCGCGGAGACUGCUGGUCUGGGCUAUUUGAAAUCUCAAGCAAUCGAAUUCGUAAACUAUAACAAACGACAAAUGAGUAGAAUUUACCCGAAGGGUACUAGAGCUGAUUCGUCGAAUUAUAUGCCCCAGGUGUUCUGGAACGCAGGUUGUCAAAUGGUCUCGCUGAAUUUUCAAACAUCCGAUUUACCGAUGCAAUUGAAUCAGGGAAAAUUCGAAUAUAAUGGAAAUUGCGGUUACCUACUGAAACCAGAUUUCAUGCGUCGGGUUGAUAAACAAUUCGAUCCUUUUGCAGAAACACCAGUGGACGGUGUGAUUGCCGCUCAGUGUGCUGUACAGGUCAUCGCUGGUCAGUUUUUAUCCGAUAAAAAAGUUGGAACAUACGUCGAAGUGGAUAUGUACGGUUUACCGACGGAUACCAUUCGAAAAGAAUUUCGUACCAGGCUCAUUCCUAGUAAUGGUCUGAAUCCUAUUUACAACGAAGAACCAUUUCUAUUCCGUAAGGUUGUGUUACCAGACAUGGCUGUGAUUCGAAUCGGCGUUUACGACGAGAAUAAUAAACUACUUGGUCAACGUAUUCUUCCACUGGAUGGAUUACAAGCUGGCUAUCGGCAUAUUUCGCUACGAACCGAAGCUAAUUUCCCUAUGUCUUUGCCGAUGUUGUUCUGUAAUAUUGAAUUGAAAAUUUACGUUCCUGAUGGUUUUGAAGACUUCAUGGCUGCCUUAUCGGAUCCUCGAGCGUUCUUGUCAGCUCAAGAGAAAAGAGCUCAGCAAAUGAAAGCUAUGGGAAUCGAGGAAACGGAUAUCAAGGAUGUUCCUGGAGGAAAUUCAUCGGCUGCAGCCAGUAGCGGAGGUGCAGCUCCAGUUAAAAAAGGCAGUAAAACUAAAAAAGAAGAGGAGAAAAAAGAGGAAAUAGUCUUUGAACCGAUCACUUUGGAAACAUUACAAAAUGAGAAAAGUUUCCAAAAAACCAGCCGUAAACAAAAGAAAGAACUGGAUACAUUGCGUAAGAAGCACUUGAAAGAAAAGGUUGGCAUUCAAAAGCAGCAGUGCACUACUAUCGAUAAGGCAAUCAAGGGUAAAAGCAAAGCUGAUCUAAUUAAUGACGCUGUGAUAAAAAAGAUGAUAGCUGAUCAAGUAAUGCAGUGGUCCGAGAUGAUCGAGCGACAUAGAAAACAGGAAUGGGAAUUGUUGAAGAAUCAAGUCACCCAGCAACGUGAAUCAUUGGACAAGGUCAUCGAAUUAGUUCAAAUCAAUCAAAUCAAACAGUUGGAGGCGAAAUAUGAAAGAGACUUGAAACAAAUGAACACUAACCAAGCUAAAACAUCUGUUGAAACGAUGAAAGAAGUACAGAAUGACAAGACUCUCAAGACGAAAGGUGACAAAGACCGAAGAUUGAGAGAAAAACAACAAAAUAACACUAAAAAAUUCAUGGAAGAACGAAAAACUUUACAGAUUAAGCAUGGCAGAGAGAAAGAAAAAUUAACAGCGAAGCACGAGAAACAAAAGCAAGAUCUUAACAAAGAAGUGAAUGAUUUGCUGGAAAUGUAUAAGAAUGAGGAAAUCGAGUACGAACUUACAUCAAAAACUGAAUUCUUUGCUUAAUCUCAGAUUUGUGUCCCUGCUACUUCUGCGUGCUCCAUCUAACACAUAUAAGAAGUCUCUUAAUUUAUUAAGGGGUAACUUUAUUCCUCCUCUUCAUUACUAUAGGAGUUUGCACGUACAUAUCUAUAGGUUAAACUAAGUUACAAUUUGUUAUUUUUUGCAAUUAAUCAAAUUGAGAACUGUUAUAUAUUGUUAUCUCGUUUCCAAGUAGUAAGUAUAAGUACAAUCUACUUCCAACCGAAUCUAGUCACUUAAUUCUGGUCGUCCGAACUACCCCAACUAUUGAAUAAUUUGCUCCCAUUCCUUUGUUUUGUCAAUACCUACCUGAUUUGUUAAUGUAUACAUCUACAUAAUACAUAGAAGACACUCGAUCAGGGUUCAUUUUUUCAUUUUAUUAUUCUCAUCUAAGUAGAAUAAAGAGGUGCCUAUCCUUCUUAUUAUAAUUGCAUUCUAUCGUCAGUUUAUCGUUGUACCAACCUCAACUUGGUUUUUGUUUCAUUAUAAAUAUUCGUAAUUAUUUUAUUGUUUUUAUUUCAUUACGAAUAAAUUGUAUUUUCUAGAAA